UGAACUUAACAAGAACCGGCCAACAAAAAUGGAUACUGGCCUGCAUGCAUCCUCCCAUUAUUCGUGUCACCACUCCAAAUUAACCUAUGAACACAAUGCCUCACAAUUCCGUUCACUCAAUAAUCGACCAUAGCAGAAUCAAUAAUCAAUAAAUAGUAUAAGAAGCUACUCUGAUCUUCUUAUUGCUUUCUGUUGCCGCCGGCCAUAACAUAAUCCAGCCAUGGCGCGCCAAAACUGCCAUCGUCCGUCUGGUGUUGCUCUUGUUGCAAUUGCAAUAACAGCAACCACCCUGCUGCUACCAUGCCUCGUCUCGGUCGCAUCCUCGCCGGAGGAGGAGCCUUUGCCGUCGUCGUCGUCGUCGUCCGAUGACUCGGUGGCCGGCAACGGCGGCUACGGGGCCACUAACAACAACAACAUCAAGAUGCCGGCGGCGGACGGCGGUGCUGCUGGCAGCUUCACCGAGUUCGUGACGGAGAACGUGGAGCUGUACAGCAACGUGAGCAGUGAGCAGCACAAGUACGGUGCCGGCGCCGGCGGCAAGGUCUGGGACCCGGAGCUUCUGGCGGCGCAGGGCAUGGCGUUGCGGUACGUGGUGAGCCCCGACGGGAAGGGCAAGUUCAGGAGCAUCAACGAGGCCAUCAAGGCGGUGCCGGACGGGAACAAGAGGAGGGUCAUCCUGGACAUCCGGACGGCCACCUACAAGGAGAAGGUGGUGGUCCCGUACAUGAAGCCGUUCGUCACCUUCUCCGGCAACCCAAAGAACCCGCCGGUGAUCAUGUGGGACGACAGGGCGGCGACGCGGGGCAAGGACGGGAAGCCCGUGGGCACCUACGGCAGCGCGACGGUGGCGGUGGAGUCGGACUACUUCAUGGCGUCGGGGGUCCACUUCAAGAACGCGGCGCCGCUGGCGGCGCCGGGGACGGAGGGCGGGCAGGCGGUGGCGGUGCGGGUGUACGGGAACAAGGCGGCGUUCUACGACUGCACCUUCGACGGCGGUCAGGACACGCUGUACGACCACCGUGGCUUACACUACUUCAAGUCGUGCCACAUCCAGGGCACGGUGGACUUCAUCUUCGGCUUCGGGAGGUCGCUGUACGAGGACUGCGCCAUCACGUCGGUGACCAAGGACGUGGCGAUCGUGACGGCGCAGCAGCGGACGAGGAGCAUCGCCGACGCGCUGGAGACGGGGUUCUCGUUCCUCCGGUGCCGGAUCGGGAGCUCGACGGGCGCCGGGCAGAUCUACCUCGGCAGAGCGUGGGGGGACUCGUCGAGGGUGGUGUACGCGUACACCACCAUGGGGAAGGAGGUGGUGCCCGUCGGCUGGGACAAGUGGACGGUGCAGAAGCCGGAGCACAGCGGCAUCUACUACGGCGAGUACCAGUGCUCCGGCCCCGGCGCGCUGCCGCACAAGCGGGUAGGGUGGUCGCUCGUGCUCAACGACGCGCAGGCCAAGCCAUUCAUCGGCAUCCACUUCAUCUACGGCGACUCCUGGAUCCUGCCGCCGCCAAAUCUCGCCUAGCCCUGCUGGCCUUCUUCAAUUUGGAGGAUCGAUGUAAAAACCAUUCCAGCGUUAUAUACAAUCUAUUAGUGAACCAUUCCAAUUGGGAAUCGUACGUUCAGGGGCUCGUUCCAAAGGAACCGAACAAAAGCGAUCGAUCGAGCCCUAAUGAUUUUGUAACUGAUAUUUCUGUUCUUUUUUGUUCAUAAGUUUGUUCUCGAUUCGGGACGUAGCAGCAGCACCCAAGUGGACGUGUUUUAUUUUAGAGAACGGCAGUUGACGUCAUAUUUGAAGUUUGGAGGCGCCCCAAAUACGUGAUUAAAGAUGGUUUUAUAUUAUUA